AUGUUGGGCUCAAGCCUUCUCCUCGCCGUUGCUGCAGCCUUGCCGGUGCACGUCAUUGCCUCCUCGGUGGCUCAGGUUGGAGACAUAGCUUACUAUGUCCCGGAUAAGGUUGAGGUGGACAAAAUUUUUGAUGGCAAAGAGCCGCGUCCUAUCACAGUUGUGACUUCGACUGAUAAAGCAAUCUCGGCUGCAUGGCUCAAUCAAACCAUUAAUGACUUCAAAUCAAAAGAUGAUGUCUAUUCGGACAGCUUCUCUUCGGCCUUUUACUUCCAAGGUCCUGAGGGCGUUGCUCUUGCAGAUGAUGCUCGGGAAUUUUUCCACAACCUGAAACCCCGACUGGUGGAAUUUGCUCCUUUCUCUUCUACGCCACUCCCUGAUGGUCCAUACUUUGCAACACGCUACGGCCUUCACCGUGCCUGGCGCCUCUAUGAUGACUUCACAAACUCUUUCACUCUUGCUUCAGUGCCAUCAGACGAGAGCCCGGACGUUUAUGAGCCUCUUGCGGCCAAAGGUGGGAGCCAGCUGGGAGGUAUCUCAGUGGCUGUCCCAUCCAGACUUUUCUAUACGCCUACCCCCGAAAAGCCUCUUGCUGGAUACCGCGUGGCAGUGAAGGACGAAUAUGAAAUCAAUGGCCUCGUCACGACUUACGGCAGUCGAGCCUACGCAAAGACAUACCCUCCAGCCAAUCAAACCUCCGGCGUCAUCCAGAGUUUGAUCGACCAAGGUGCCAUCAUCGUCGGCAAGACAAAGCUAUCGUUGUUCGCUGGUGCUCUUUUCACGGCUUCUGAGUGGACUGACUAUGAACUACCAAUUAAUGUCCGAGCCGAUACUUACCAAAUCCCUGGCGCUUCUUCAGCAGGAUCGGGAUCUUCGAUGGCUGCAUAUGACUGGUUGGACAACACAGUGGGUGAAGAUACCGGUGGUUCGAUGCGUUUCCCGUCCGCAUUGAAUGGUGUCUUCGGAAUCCGCUCGUCACUUAACAGCACAAAUAACACUGCCACACAUUUUGGACCAUUCGAUGCCGCUGGACACUUUGCUCGUGACGUUGACUCCUUCAACACCUUCGGUUCAGCCAUGUACCGCGGAUCCGGGUUGAAGAAUUACACCAAGUUCCCCACGAAGAUUCUUUACCCACGCGAGUACUGGGUCAAUAUCGCAGAAAACUACACUGCUCCCGGCGAAGAAUAUGUUCAGAAGUUAGAGGCGUUCUUGGGCGUGAACCGAACUAUUGUCGAUACCAAUAAGUUGUGGCUCAAGACAUCUGGUCAUGGAAACGCCAGUAUCGCAGACUACUUCGAGAAUAACGCCGAUACUUUUGCCAACGACUUUAAAACAGACUAUUUCAAGAAGUUUGGAAUUUAUCCCUACAUGUCUGUCGACACACCUGGAACCAACUCCACAGAGCCCGAAAGCGACGCCAAAGCCAAGCUUGGGAAAGCACAACGAGCAGAGUUCCAAGCUUGGUACAGAAAAUAUAUCCUUGCUUCCAAUGAUGAGACCUGCUCGGAGACAAUUGUUGUCUUCCCGUUCAACGGGAAUGGUGGGGUCCCUUGGUACCGAGACGCUACCACGAAGGACUCAGCGGGUGGCUUUGCUACUGCACCUGAAGGAUAUCUCAGCUGGAACAUGCUGUCAGUUCUCAACGGAAGUCCAGAGCUGGCAGUCCCUGUUGGCGAGGUUGGAUAUACGAGCAAAAUCAGCUUGGUUGAAGAGAAGAUCCCCGCCGCUCUUGAGAUCCAAGCGGCGUAUGGAUGUGAUAUCAUGUUGUUGAACCUUGUCCGUGAAUUGGCCUACAACACAGAUGCAACCAAACGUGUCAAGACAGGACGCUUCAUGUUCUAG